AUGAGCAAUCAGCGACUUCCCACCACUGUCUCGCUCGAGCAGAUACAGAUACAACCGCCCAAACCCCCUCCGCCUGUGAUUUCUCAUCAAGUGCAAGCUUCACCACCCCAAAGCAAGUCUCGAAUUCUACAAGCUGUCGAGAUCACAACGAAACCAAAACAACCAACCGCAAAAACCCCGGAGCUCCAAGAUAUACCAGUCAAGACCGACCUCCUCGAGCCUGAAUACCCCACACUCCUAUGCGCGCUCGCGGAUGACUACCUCUCUAUAGCGCGAAAGCUGCCUGAAGUGACAGAUGAAUAUCAGGAAUUAGUUGCGUUGGCUCUCGGCUGCCUCGAAUCAGCCCUCGCCAAUCUAAAACUUCAGCCCCUCAGAGAAGCGCAGGCCUCCCUACGAUAUGCACAGGUACUCUACGAGGAAACUGAAAAUUACGACGAGGCUGAGACACAACUUACCAAGGCUAUUGAGCUCUGUGAGCGCCACAAGUUUGUCGAUCUCAAGUAUGAGAUGCAGUUGCUAUUGUCCAAAGUACUAUACCAAUCUAAACCAAAAGCUGCACUCAGGGAUAUACAAAGAAUGAUAGAUGACAUCCAGGCAUAUCGCCAUACUGCUUGGCAAUAUCUCUUUCGGUUUCAACACGUCAUGUUCUCAUUGGCCUCAUCGUCCUUCGGAGACGCUCAUAAUGCAACGACACAAUUAGAGAAGAUCUCCAAUCUGGCGCGACAAAAUUCGGAUUCCGUUAUUCUCGCAUUCGCAGCUGUCAUUGAAGCAUUAUUGCAUCUCUCAAGUUCCAGUCAAGACGCAAUCACUGCCACGCAAAGCGCGUUGGCAAAAGCCCGAGCGCUGCAACUCAAUCCAGAUGUCGAAGCGAUUCCUCAAAUGACAAUCGUCAUGGAGUUUAUUGAUCUAGCAAGCAGUGUGCAGGAGUGCAACAUUGUGCAGACGGAGCAAAAGCGCAAGAUUUUACAUGAUGUCCUCUAUGAUGCAAUCGGGAAUACCAACUGGCGUGCAGAUGGUCUCAUCCACCUUCCCAUCUCCAAACGCUCGUUGGCAGGAGUCCACGUUUCAACCAGUGGGCACAUUUUUGAGAAGAAUGGUAGGUACUUCAUGGGUUUCUUAUGGCUGCUCAAAGAGGAGGCCGAGGCUUUGGGAUUCCUUUUUAGUGCCGACAGUGCCGCCCAUAAAAACGGCCAUGAUGGCAAAGCUGAAAAGUAUGCUAAAAGCGGACUUGCUCUUGUACGAGGCUGGCAACAGCCUCUCCUGUCUGAGAUCUAUGAGCAAUCCGAUCGUUCAUUCAUAGGACACAAGCUACUAGAAGCCCAAUUUCUUUGCCUGAUCGCUUUCAUGUUGUCUGCGAGAGGCCGAUGGGAAAAGGCUGACAAAGCUGUUACCGAGAUUUCUCAGAUAGCGGAAAGCCUCAAGGGCAGUUUCCCUACUAGCAUGAUGUCUGGCAUGCUUUAUCUGAGGGGUAUCAUUUUGCAAGGACUUGGCAACACAACGGCGGCAUUGGCAGUCUAUCAAUCAGGCCCUCUCGCGCUUGUUCCCCAGCAGGAUUCGGCUCCUCAUGAAGUCAAAAUCCACCAUAGAAUUUCUCGCGCCUAUUAUCCGGCCUCUGACGCUACCCGGAACUUCAGAGUCCUUGCAGCCAUGAAUGCUGCAUUCAUCAUUCAAAACCCACGACACCCGCAGCACCAUCGACUCUCAUCCCUCCUUAGCAGCAUCAGACCCAUUGCAGAGGGCUCUGCAAAUAAACACAUCAAGGCUCACUAUUCACUGAUGGUUUCUAUUUUGUCAACCACUACACUUACCGUCAAGCAAUAUCUAAAAAGUGCCAUGGAUGCAGGAAGGGCGACUGGAAGUGCGAUGACGACGGCACUUGCCCUGAUUUAUAUGCAACAGAAAAUGUUCAAAGGAACCGUGGACGAGCAGGCACUUAAAUGUGCACGAGCGGCAACUCAUCAAGCCCGGCGAUGGGGUGAUCCCAUGUGGACACAUGUGGCUGCUGGAUUAGAGGCUGAAAGCCUCGAGAUUAAUGGCUUGACGGAAGAAGCAAUGAAAAAGAAAAUCGAGGCAGAGUCACUCUGGGAUGGUUUGCCUGAACUUGUCAAGAAUGUCUAG